AUGCAAAGUAAUACACAGAAAACGCCGGAAAUUACUAAUAAGUGCCGAUGCACUGAUUCAGAGCCGAAGAGCCACCUGCCCUUCUUCGAUUUUGGGCGUAUCGCUGUCUCGCGGACGGCGACGAUACCGGUAGUCGUUAAGAAUGAAGGGAUAAUUGCUGCAACAGCUCGUGUGCAGCUGCCACCAUGCGAUUCCAUUGAUUUUGAUUUGCCCAGCUCAAUGACUCUGAAGCCAAAAGAGGAGCAAAUAUUCUCCCUAGCCUACCGGCCGAAAACACCAGGAGAACUGGACUACAAAUUCCGCAUCAUUACUCAUGCUAAUCCUUUCGAAAAUCUUGAGAUCAACAUUAAAGGAUGCGCCUUUGCAGAAGAGCUCAUCUGGUCUGUAGUAGACACAGCAAAUCAAACUGGCUUGAGGACAGGCGACGGGGAACUCCUUGAUGGGAAUCACUUCAUGUUUGACGACGUGCCGUUGGGUAAGACAGUUGUUCAGGAACUUAUGCUUCGGAACGUCUCGACACAGGCCAUAUCAUUCGACCUAAACAUGGAGUCAUUAGGGCAACUGAAGGACAGGCUGACUGUCACACCUGGGGGAGGUAUAAUUACUCCAAAUACUUCCUGCUUGGUGAACCUAUCCUUCAAGAGUGACGAACCGAUUAGUGUAAUUCGCCACCCACUCCACUUCACAGCCUUGUUUUCACAGUGCUCGGAGAACAGUCCCAGUUCUUCAAAGACUCCACCGAAAAUCAAGGGAAGGGUUAAGAACAAGCAGGCUGACUCCAAAUCAGAUGGAGCAGCACCAACAAAAAUAGAGGUGCCGUCACCAGAGGAGCUGAUGCUGUACAUCUCCGUUGCGAGCGACGUUCGCCAGUGUGAAGUUAAUAUUGAAAGGAUUGACUUUGAAGCCACAAGUCUCUUCAAGUCGCGUUUGUUCUCUUUUACAUUAACUAAUACUUCUGCCGUCUCCGUACCGUAUGAAAUGUUCUUCGAGAAAGCGAAUGAGCGCGAUGACCCUUGUUUUUACAAGGUGGCACCUUGCCGGGGUCGCAUUUCCAGUGGCGGGCAGCAGACCGUUCAAAUAACAUUUUCUCCUAAGACUAUGGCGGAUUUUGACAGAGUCCUCAUUUGUAGUUUCCCUAAUUUAGUGAACGGAUCGUCGCGUCUCUCCAUACCAGUGACUGCCACCGCUGUUCGACCGAUCUGCCACCUCGAAAUCCCUCCGACAGAUUAUCUCGAACGACGCUCACAGAGCUCCGUUCUCCCGCUUUCCGAUAACGUGGCUGUGAGCGUGAAUGCGUGA